UCCUGCAUUCCUUUGUCCAAGUGAUGGAUGCAUAGAGGGAGGUUGCAUGAACUUUUGUCACCGCCCACUUGCACUUGUUACUGUUGCAGGCUUUAUUGCCACGGGAGACCCCAAACUAUCUGUGCCUGUCAUCGCCAUCGCAAUGGGAAGAAGCCUGCCGUGUGUCUAUUUGCUUGUCUUAGUCAUUUUCCAAGAGGCAUGUGGCUUAAAGAUUCAGAACAAGCUGCUGGGUAAAUGUCUGCAGGUGCAUGAAGGAACUUUGGGAGGCAGAGUAUCUCUGGGUGACUGCAGCCCAUAUUCGGCCCUACAGGAAUGGCGUUGGUUACCAGAGAGCCAGGCUCUCAUCAAUCACCACACUGGGGAGUGUCUGACUGCACCAGGAGAGCAGUAUGAAGGUGUCCUCCUGCAGCGCUGCGUCUUUCGGGCUGGAAGUGACGAGUCUAAUGCCGGAGUGGCAGUGGUGGAUACAGGCAGAGGGGCAAGCAGCCAGAUAUGGUCCUGUUCCAAAAAAGGACACCUCACUUUGAAAGGAAGGGGGCUACAUCUUAGUGCCACACAAGAAGCUACGUUGGUCUUCCUUUCGAGGGAACAUAGGCAGCCUGGCAGCAGGUGGCAGACACUUGACAACCAGACACUAUGCAAUGGGAGAGACAGCAAACAUAACCAACACCAACCUCAUCACCAUCUGGGUAAAUCUUUGGAACCUGGGAUUUUUCCAAGUGCCAUCUCUGAUAUACAAAGACAGGCUGAACCAUUUGGAGGUAUAAUGGCCGGGGAGGUCACAGAAACAUAUCCACUAAUGGAUGUGCCUCUUUGGUCCCUUAGCACCAAAUCCCCUGCAGAUCCCACCAUGGUUUUCUUCCGUAUGGACUACGGGAUGGGCUGGAAGAUAACCAUGCUGGUACUAAGCUCUUUGGCUCUGGUCCUGGGGACUGUGAUUCUUAUCCUUAAUGUUUACUCCAGUAGAAGGAAGAAGGUGGUGUGUGUUCUAAAGUCAUACACUCCGAGGCCAGAGGUGAGUGUUCCUGGGUCCCCAGCUGCCAGUGAAAGAGCCCUGCUGACAGAGCAUGCCAUGCGCCUCCCACACUCCUCCCCCACUUUACGAGGAGAAAUCCUGAUUGAGUGGAAAGAUGGCACUGUCACUCCACUGUAUGAGGCCUGAAGGCUGUACUGUAUCUUUGAACAUAGGUGUGGUAAUGCAAACACACAUGGUUUCUUGUGCAAGGUUAUGUAUGUUAUCAUCUGAAUGUCUCUAAAGGACAAAGAAAUGAGAAAAACAAAAGGCAAAAUAAGUAUUUUUGUGUGUUGUUUCUGUUGGCAUGGAAAUGACAGUAAGCAUACGGUUUCAUAAAAUGGAAAGUUCAUGGAUCGGUAUCAAACCGUUUCUGUAAGACUUAGCUGCCACAGGAAGAUAAAAGCUGUUGUGAAGCUGCCAGAAUAGAAAAAGUAUGUAGGACCAUGAGUUUUCCAAAAUACUGAGUCCUGAUGUCUGCUGUUUUGAGAUUUGAGGGAGUGCUUGUUGGAUGAAAGGACUGUAAAAUAAAUAUAAGAAUUGAGUCAUUGUUUUUCGGCUUUAUAUAAGUAAAAUUCAAGAUUGAACAAUGUACCCAAUAGCUUAGGCCUUUAUUUACAUAAAUACUUAGGCAAACAAAGAUUAGGUUCCUAUGUCUAAACUAUCAUCUAGCCCCAAUUUGUCAAGACACUGUUGUGGGAUUAGCUCAGAUGUCUCUUUACAUAAUACAUAAUUGUGUUGCAACUUUGAUAUGUUGCAAGAAACAUUGAUUGAUGAAAGUUGUUUUCCGAACAUAAUUCUGUAUUAUUUAGCGUGUGCUCUUUAUAAUAACUGCAUAGAGUAAGAUAUUUCAGUAGAAAAUCUUGUUUAUGUAGGGAAUGUCUGUAGUCUGACUGACACAGUAGAUUUCAUUACUGUAAUGCACUUUGCUUGGUACUGACAUUACAUAAACCUUUAUUAAUUUAAAUUGUUAAUAGAAACAGUGCUUAUAACCGACUGGACCUGUUAUAUCUCCUUGGAAACAGCAGUUGACGAAACAAUAUUCCCUUAAGGUCCACUUGAGCUUUUAACCUUGAUGUUUAAACUUUCCAUUAUUCUCAACACUGUUGGGACCUCUCAAUCUUAACAUUUCACUGGGAAGACCGUAUGAUAUAGUUGAAAGCUCCAGAACCUCCAGUGGAGAUUGUUUUAACUUAAAUCGGUAUUUACUUUUUUGCAUUUGUAUGUGGCAACCUGAUAAACCACUAAUUUGUGCUGUGUGUUAGUCUUUUAACAAAAGUAUUUUUAUACUGUGAACUAGCAAAUAAAAUGGGAUAUACACAGUUGACUUGUACUGUUGUUAUCAUGAUCAGGCUUGCAGAGAACAUGACAUUCCCAGUGGCACGGAAACCUCCCAGUGGGAGGAACCUGUUUACAACAGA